AGACUUGAAAAAAAUAUUCAAGAAUCAAAGAUAACUCUUCAAGAAGAAAAUAAAACAAAUGAAAGUGAUGAUUUCACGAAACAAAAAAAAAUUUUCGUUGACGUUGUUAUUGAUUGCUUCCGGAACAAACAAUUCUCUUGGGAUGAUUUGGAAAAUGAAUCAAACGUUAUACUAGCAUCGUCCUUUGAAUCAUCUGCCAGUACUCUAACAAAUACACUAACUUUACUGGCUAUGUUCCCUCAACAACAAGAACGCUUAUUUGAAGAACUCAAAAUCGAAUUUCCCGACAAAAAUUCGGAAAUGCUACCGGAGCGCGUACAUCAAUUGCCAUACUUAGAUAUGGUCAUUAAUGAAGGAAUGCGUCUAUUGGCCCCAAUACCUCUUGUUGGUAGAACUGCAGGAGCUGAUUUCGAUUUGGGUACUGGAGUAACAAUUCCUAAAGGAACACAAGUUCUCUUAGAUAUAUUUAACAUGCAACGGGAUCCGGAAGUUUGGGGCUCUGAUGCUCAAAUGUUCAAUCCAGAACAUUUCUCUCCAGAAUAUUUACAAACCAGACACCCAUUUGCUUAUCUACCUUUUGCUAAAGGGAUUAGAUCAUGUGUUGGAAGUAAAUAUGCGAUGGCCGGAAUGAAAAUGAUUUGUACAAAACUAAUUAGAAAUUACAAAAUUUCAACAGAUUUCAAAUUUCAAGAUCUUGAAUUUAGGGAAGAUAUUGGUUUAAAGUUUGUAGAAGUGCCGAAAUUGCGUUUUGAAAAAAGGGAAUAA